AUGAAAACUCGCACCAAAAAACCGCAAGCCAGCUGGGAAAAAAAAUAUCAAGACUCCAAGCGAGUUAUUACAGCAGAAGAGUGGGACAAGCAACAAGAAAACCUCACAAGGCUAUACAUCACCGAGGGCUUUGGACUCGAGAAAGUAAGACAGAUAAUGGCGGAGAGUUACGGGUUCUUUGCAAACGAAAAACAAUGCAAGGCAAUAAUAAAGAAAUGGGGCUUGGUAAAAUAUUUACCCAAAAUUAAAGUUAAUGCGAUGUUAGAUAUUCAACAAACGCGGGCUCGACAUGGCAAAAAAACAGAGUUCAGACUCGGUGGUCAACUCAUUACCGAGGAAAGACUUGAACGUGCUAAAUGGAGGCACCGUAGAGAAGAGAAAGGGCUUGGUCUCCCGAUCAACAAUCGUGAUAUGGCUACCACCGACACCUCACGAAUGGGUAUCGAGUAUUCAACGCCAGAACCAAUACCUAGUCUAUUAGAUAGGGAUGUUACCCCAUUACACACUCAAUAUAGUGUUAACCUAUCUGUCCCACAAAAUCUUGAUGCACCUCUUCUCCCAGCGUCCGAGAAAAGCUAUAUAGACAAAGCCGGUGAUAUCCUCCCACAACCACUACCGCUGCCGCUUCCUGCACUUAAUCCGCCGACGCUCAAUUGGGAGCCAACAACCCCGGAUAUGAAUUCCAGUCCAUUAUCAAUGGGGAAAGAGCUCUAUUGCAUCGGGAUUCCAUGUGCACCACAAGUCGAUUAUUCAACCCUCGUACUAGGUUCUACGAACAUAGAUGAUUCAAACAUGAAAAUGUGUAUUAAGGAUGAGAUCGACCGAAUCAAAGAGUGUUUGGCCAGGGAGUCAGAGAAGUUGGUAGCAUUGAUGGAGGAAGAAUCAUUCUUGCUUGGGUUGUCAUGGGGGCCGAGUAAGGUUACUCUGACCUUAGAGCUUGUUAAAGAUAAGGAUAUGUUAGAGGAUGAUAUAACCCGUAGGUACAGGGCAGAGCAGCUUGUGGUGCUGGGUUGGCAACGUGAAAUUAGACAGAAUGGUCUCUGA